UUUAGAAAAGUUCAAAAUUGACAUCCACUUCCAAUUCUAGUUUUAUAGCUUCCAGCCACACCUUUAAGCGUGGGCGUUAUCCGGGAUUAAAACCGAUUUCCCGAAGCCUCUUGCUUUACUCUCGAGUGGUUACUGAAGGAAUUCUUCUGCUCUUAGGACAAGAAUGGCCGUUUAUCUGACAGAGCAAGACUUAGUCAACAUAAAGCUAACCGUUUUAACGUUAGAAAGACAAGAAAUAGCACGGAACAUCGACCCGAGGAGGUUUUUCGGACACUUGCGUGCAAAAUAUAUUUUCGACGAGAGGGAUUGCGAUGAAAUAAGAGCAGUACCCUCUAGAAUAGGCUCUGCUGAGGCUUUUGUGGACGUAUUGAAAAGAAAAGGAGCGCAAGGCUAUGAUGAGUUCUGUUCUGGCCUGAUGAAAGAUAGGACACAGCUAUUCCUUUUACAAAGAAUGACCAAGACUUUAGAGCAACUCCGGGCUAAAGUACUGGACAAAAAGAAAGAAAACCUUCUUUUGAAGUUGUCUCCACAAGGAAUGGGCGGAGCCCCGCCACACCCUCAUUACCACUUUCACAGCCACACCCUUCCCCCAGGGGGCUUCCCCCCGCGUCAAUUCCCACACCAUCCGACACUCGACUCCGCCCCUCUCCGUCACAUCGUCUACAAUCAGGGACCUCCACCGCCUCUUCAAAUGCAAGGAGGAGGAAAUGGACACCGACCGCUUAGAAAAGUAAACUCGAGGACUUCGAACAACGCUGAAUACAUUGACAAUACCCAGUAUUAUUAUAAUGGAUCAAUAUCGCCAACAAUACCGGAGAUGUAUCCCGUGCCCAAGUUCCCCUCCUCUCUCCCUGAGCACGGUCAACUCGUACCGGAACGAGAGAGCAUGAUGGCAUUCACUCCUCCUCCACCCUCGUCUUAUCCGCCCCCUCACUUAAUGGGAGAAGGUUGGCCGGAUGGACCACUCCCACUUAUUGGACUACCGGGACCACACCCUCCUUUCCAACAAAUGCCCGGUAUUCUUAGCAGAGGUGGAGGGGAGGAAGAAGAUUGUGACGCUCCGGUGGGAUACGAUAAAGCUACAGCAUAAGACGCUGCUAUUUUUAUUAUUGUUAUUGUCCUAUUUGUGAUCUUAACGGCUUGCUUUACAUCCUUUUUGUUUAACUCACUGUUUAUUUGAAAGUGUUACUGUCUAUCCCUCACUCUCUGUUACUUCUUUCUUUACAUUCACACUACGUCCCAAAUAUCAUUCCUCUCUCUCUCACUGUUUGUCAAUUCGUUUAUAUUCAUUAUCAUUAUUCUCUCUCUCUCUCUGUCAGAUUCAGUUCCACAUUAUACUGUAAAUAAAAACAAAUGAUCGUACUACAUGCAAAUAUCAAAUUAUUGUUCCAUUUUACCAUUAAACUAUAAUAACUAUUA